AUGUUGGAAGAUGAAGAAAAUGGAUUUGAGGAAGAAGAAGAAAAGGGAGAAGAGGGUGAAAUGGAGGAUUUUAAGGAGAGUAAUUUGAAGAAGAAAAGGGUGAAUCUUGGUGGUGGUGGUUCUGGAAUGAGAGCUCGGGUCGGUGGUGGUGGAGUUGCUCAACCGUGUUGUGUAGUGGACAAGUGUGAGGUUGAUCUGAGAGGUUGCAAGAAGUAUUAUCAAAGGCACAAGGUUUGUGAGGUCCAUUCCAAGGCUUCUGAGGUUAUAGUUUCAGGGGUGAGGCAGAGAUUCUGUCAGCAAUGCAGCAGAUUUCACGAGGUCUCAGAAUUUGAUCAGACAAAGAGAAGCUGUCGCACGCGUUUAGCAGGCCACAACGAGCGGCGUAGGCAGAACUCUUCAAGACUCGUGAAGAGGGCCCAAACCUCAGAGGAUUCAAGAACAAAGAGUUUAGGCACCUUAAUGGCUUUCUCUGAGAAGCAAAGUUACAGGAUCACCCGGAUGUCUUUCUAG